AUGUGGCGCCUGCAGGGAAUUCGAGCCGUUCCCAAAGAAAAUUGGGAUUAUUUCAUCCCUGGCUCCGUGCCCUGGCUGGAGGGUUUUUUUGGGAUUUUUGCCCUUUCCCAGAGGGAGCCAUGGGGUUGGCAGCCCCAGCCUGGCCGCAGCUCCCGUGCCCUCCCUGCUGGGAGCUCCUGGGGCUCUCCAAGGCUCGGAAUUCCCGCUGGGAAUGACUGGAAACAGGAGCAGGACCCGAACCCAUCCCCAGCCCUGCCGGGAUUUGGGGUCCAGGAGGUGACAGAUCCCACCCGGGAGAGGAAGAAAAUCCCAAAAAAACCAGGAAUUACUGCCGAGGGAUGCCUGGAGCAGCCGCGGGUCCCCUCCUCGCCCAGGAUCGACAUCCCGAGGGAUCCCCCUGGCUUCAGGUUCUCUGCACUUUUAUUGUCACCAACUCCUCUGGAAAAGGUUUUCUUUGGGAGAGAAGACUUUGGAAAAGCUUCUUUGGAAAAGGCAACUUUGGGAAAAAAAUUUUUGGAAAAGGAAUCUUGGGAAACGACCUCUUUGGACAAGGCCACUUUGGAAAAAGCCUCUUGGGAAAAGAUCAUUUUGGAAAAGUCUGUCUGGAAAAGGAGUCUUGGGAACGACCUCUUUGGGAAAGGCCACUUUGAAAAAAGCCUCUUUGGAAUAGGCAGUUUGGAAAAGAACUCUUUGGAAAAAACCAUUUUGGAAAAGCCUCUUAGAAAGAGCUCCUUGGGAAGAGACUCUUGGGAAAAAUCCCCUUGGGAAAAAUCCCCUUGGGAAAAAUCCCCUUUGGAAAAAUCCCCUUGGGAAAAAUCCCCUUGGGAAAAAUCCCCUUGGGAAAAAUCCCCUUGGGAAAAAUCCUCUUUGGAAAAAUCCCCUUGGGAAAAAUCCUCCUUGGAAAAAUCCUCCUUGGAAAAAUCCUCUUUGGAAAAAUCCCCUUGGGAAAAAUCCCCUUGGGAAAAAUCCUCUUUGGAAAAAUCCCCUUGGGAAAAAUCCUCUUUGGAAAAAUCCCCUUUGGAAAAAUCCCCUUGGGAAAAAUCCCCUUUGGAAAAAUCCCCUUGGGAAAAAUCCCCUUGGGAAAAAUCCCCUUGGGAAAAAUCCUCCUUGGAAAAAACCUCCUUGGGAAAAAUCCUCUUUGGAAAAAUCCCCUUGGGAAAAAUCCCCUUUGGGAAAAUCCCCUUGGGAAAAAUCCUCUUUGGAAAAAUCCUCUUUGGAAGAGCCCAGUUUGGAGAAGGCCACUUUGGAAAAGCCUUUUUUGGACAAGUCCUCUUUGGAAAAACCUUUUUUGCAAGAAACCUCUUUGGAAAAGCCCAUUUGGGAGAGGCCCGUUUGGGGCAAGCCUGUUUGGAAAAGGCAUCUUUGGAAAAGUUGGGAAGAGCCUUUUCUGGAAAAACCCUCUUUGGAAAAGACCUCCUUGGACAAAGCCAGUUAGGGAUAAUCCUGUUUGGAUGAAUCUUUCCUUCAGUUUAAUACAAUUUCCCAUUGUUUCCCAUGCCCAGAA